CUGUUGGUCUCGUCAGCUCCUCCGUCUCCGCGUCUCCGGUCUCCUCCCUCGCAGCACCUGCGACGAGCCAAGUCGCCGUAGCUCACCACUGCAUUCGCUCCGACCGCCUCGCCUCACGCUCGUUACGCUAUUUCGCCGCCGGCCCGCGCCACCCUCUGCGCCGUCCGACGCAGCACCCCCCGCGCCCUCUCCGCUUCGCACCCUCUCUCGUCCCCGUGCUGCCUCUCCCAUAGCACCGCGCCGGCAGAGCGCAGGCGUGCGUCCCGCACAUGCUCUCCGAGCACGCCUCGCGCGCGGCGGGCAGCGGCGCCGCGCCGCGCAGUCCGCUGCCCGGCCACUCGCCCGCCUCGCUCUGGGCGCCCGCGUCGCCGGCAGCCGGCAGCAGCAGCGGCGGUGGACAACUGCGCUCUGCCUCCUUUCUCUCCGCCACCAGCAGCAGCGCCGGCAGCAGUAGCGGUGCGCUGCGCUCGCCGCUCAUGCACGCCGCCGCCUCCUCCUCGUCGCACGGGCACGCGGCGCCGUACGCCGGCUACGACGAGGAGCUGGAGGACUACUACGCCUCGUACGACUCGGCGCGCAGUCCGUAUGCCUCCAGCAGCGGGCAGCGCAGUCCGGGUCCGCAGUGGGCCAGCGCCGCUCGUGCCAGUCCGGCGCUUAGCAGCGCUGCCGCAGCACGCAGCCGCGAGCGCGAGCUGCCGCCGCUGCCGCCGCCCGGCUCGGAUGACGGGGAUGACGACGCUGCGUCGUUUCGCACUGCGUCCGUACAAGGUGGCUCUUCAUCCGCCGAGUCGAGCCGGCGCGCACACGGCACUGCCAGCGCCAGCAUAGGCAUGAGCAGCAGCGGCUCCUAUGCCUCGCUGCGGCCCAGCACCGCGAGCAGCCAGCGCAGCCAGCACAACGGCAGCGGCGGCACUUCGCACGACGGCUUCUAUGCCUCGACCGAGGCGGCGGCAUCGCAGACGACACUGCAGGCGCGCGCCCGCUCUGGCUCGCGCUCGGCGCUCAAGGGCGCCUCGAGCGUCGGCGCCGGCCUGCGCAAGCUGGCGGGCAAGGCCACAGCGCUGCGUGGGCCCGGGCGGGCAGCCUCGCCGCCGCUGUCAUCGACUGACGGCGCCUCGCCUACGUCGGCCAGCUCGCGGCAGGCCAAGACGGAGCGCGGCGCAGGCGCAAGUCUGCGGAGGCUGAACGCCGCCGCGAGCAGGUCAGCGUCCGAUCUUUCUGCGUCGUGGGCGCGCGCUCGAGAUCGAGAGGCACCACCGCCCAUGCCCAAGGCCUCCUGGGCCGCCAGUGCUGCCUCUGCCGUGCGCUCGCCGCGGCUGCACAGCUCGCCGCGACAAGGCAGCAUGCCGCACUACGCCGAUGAUCCAGCGAUCGGCCUGCCCACGCAGGUCAAGCACAACGUGCACGUUGAUGUCGGGCCGCAGGGCUAUACUGGCCUGCCGGCCAGCUGGGCCGCCAUGCUAGAGCAGGGCCACAUGAGUGCCGACGAGGCACGCGCCGAUCCAGCAGAGGCAGAUCGGCUGGCAAGCGAUCUGGCGCGCAAGCGAGAGGAGCAGCGCGAGGCUCAGGCGGCGCGCGAGCGGCGGCUGGAGCAGCAGGCGGAGCUGGAGCGCCAGACGCUGCCGGACAUCUCGCAUGAGUCCGAUGACUGGAGCGCAGACCUGCUUGGCGCUGCGCUUGCAAAGACGGUGAGCCCCAAGAAGGACGUCGCUGCUGCAGCUGCGGCCAAGCGUCGCUCGCGCUCCUUCAGCGGCAGCCAUGAUCUGUUUGCGCGGUCUGGCUCGCCCUCUUCGCCCACGACUCGUGGCUUGGGCCUGCGCGGCGAGUCGCCUGAAGACUCAUUCAUGGCGGACGAGCCGGCGCUCAUCUCCACAGCGUCCAAAGUCUCGACGGACAAGCCGCGCGCGCUACGUGCCUCGCAGCUCAUCGCCGGCUCACGACGGCCCAGCGCGAGUGCCGGCAAGCCAAGCACGUCAGAUGGCCUGCCUUCUGCUCGGCCCAGCGACGCGCGCAUCCGCAGUGGCUCCACCGCUACGCCGCGCGAUAGUCGCGCAUCCGACAGCUGGUCUACUUCAACUGCCGCUGCCGCUGGCAUUGAUCGUGGACGCUCGCCUGCCGCCAGCUUGCUUUCGACGCGCGGCAGCACCGAGUCUCACUCCAUCCCUACGCCGCUCGCCUCGCGCGCGGGACCGCUCAUUGGCGCGCGCAGCGUGGCGCCAAGCGUCUCGCCGGCCCUGUUGCUGGCGACGACCGGAGAUGGCUCGUCGAGGCCGUACGUCGCCAACAGCUCGCCGCUCGUGGCUGCCGUGCAGGGCGAGCGACGACCGAGUGUGGGCGCACUGACGGCGCCGGCGCCGUACAACCCUGCCGCGUCGCCUCUGCUGGCGCCGCUGCAGAAGGCGGGCCUGGCAAGUGCGCCGUUCGGGAUGCACUAUGGCGCUGCUGGCUCGACAAAUGGCUUGCGCAGCGCGGCUGGUAGUGCGACGCCACCGCCACCGAGCGCUCCUGCUGUCGAGAAGCCGCCGACGCUGCGAGAGCAGUUGCGCAAACCGGCCUCUCACUCUUCCGACACGGGUCACACUGCGACUGCAGCAGCUGCCGCCUACAGCGCCGCGCCUCCGCGACCUCGCACAGGCAGUCUUUCAGCCGAGGCUGGCGCUUCGGAAACAUCCGCAUCGGGUGAGGCAGCGAACCCCGGCCUUGGUCUGCGAGAGCGGCGCAAUGCCCCGCUGCGCAUCUAUCAUCCGAGCGCCUCGCGCUCGACGCCCGUUGACCCCGAGAAGGACUCGCUCUCGCCGUACUCGAUCGGCUUCAAGCGCGCCGAGGCGCGUGCUCUGCAGGCCGAGAAGGAGCUCGGCAGCAGUGGCAGCGGCGGGCACUCGAACGGCAAGACGACGCCGAGCGAGUCGCGCGCCUCGUCUCGCAACGGCGAUGGCUCGUCGACCUCGCACGCUGGCGACGCGCUGCUCUCCACGACGCUCAGUGCUGGGCUGCGCAUGCGGCCUCGCGCCGGCUCCAAGAGCUCGCACGGCUCCGUCAGCUCAGAGCAGACCGGCGGCGUGCCUGCCUCUUCCGCAGGGCAUCUCGACGACUCCACAGCGCGCACCAGCGCCGGCUCAAUGACGUCUUUCUCGAGCUCACGCGAGGGUCCGCCACUGCCGCCGAAGGCUGCGCGUGUGCCACCAGGCGCGCCGACGCCCGACUUCAUCCUGCCAAGCGCCAACGGCUUCUACACAGCGCCGUCGCCAUCGUCUCUUGGAUCGUACUCGCCAGUCCAGCCGCUCAGCUCUGCCUCGCGCGAGCGCUUCCAGCCCUCGCCGGAGCUGCGCUCGCACUCGCCGCGCGUUGCAGAUGCCAGCCCGAGCGCACCCAGGUGGCCGCCGCCCAGCUCGCCGCUCAGCGAGUUUGAGUCGACAGACAGCGAGCGCGAGCAGCCUCGUGGCAGCAGCUCGCUGCGCGCGCCUGCGCCCAAGCUCUCGCUGUCCCUGUGGCCAGGGCAGAGCGACGACGCCAGCAUUGAGCCGGGCUACGGCAGCCCUAGCUUCCUGGACGAGUGGCUGUCCGAUGAGCGCGGUGGUGGCUCGGGCUCGGCAGGCGUCUCGCCCAGUGAGCCCAGUCCGCGCUUGCUGACGCCGCCGCCCAAUGAGGGCCGCGUCCGCUCUCUGCCGCCGCCUCCUGCGGUCAAGGACGGGACUGGGCAGCUCUCGAGCAGCUUCGACAGUGAUGGAAGUGAAGACGAGGACGAGCGCAACUCGAGCAACGGCCGACCUGCGUCCAUCUCAAGUAUGCCAGAGACGGACGCCGGCUACGACGGCAUGCGUGCAGGCUCAGCCUCGCCCUGGGGCCCACCGAGUGCCGAUCGCGGAGCGCUCGAGGCCGCCGCCGCCGCGCGGCCCGGCAGCCGCACCUCGUCGCGCAGCUCUCGCAGUGGCCGACACGGCUCUCGCCGUGCACGACGCUCGGAGGACGUGCGUCGCUUUCCAGUGUCGAUGCACUAUGCCUCGGGCGUCAGUGGCUUUGAAGAGGGCCUGUCGCUCGACGCAGAGAGCAGUGCCAGCUUUGCGCGCCUGAUGCGCGACCGGCAGAGCGUGGAUCUGGACGAGGUGAUGCUGCCUACCAUCGUCACUGCUUCGGCCAGCGAUGUGCCGCCCGUGCCUCGUCUGCCUCCGGGUGCCAAGACAGCAAGCACUCUGCUGGACACAAGCGCGGCAGCCAAGCCACAGGACCGGCGCAAGGACUCGGCGCCUGUGUCGCCCAUUGCCGACCUGUAUUCGUCGCUGCCGCCAGUCGUGCGGCAUCUCGGACCUUUCCUGCGCGGCGAGCCGCCGACGAAGGUCUUUGGCGAGCUGACGAUGAUCGGCGAGGGCGACUCGGGCGACGUCUUCUCCGCGGUGCCAGUGCGUGGCGGCGCGGCGCUCGCCGUCAAGGUCGUGUGCCUGCACAGCGACGAGGAGCAGGCGAGCCGGCUCAAGUCGCUCGACCAGGAGCUGGCGCUGUGGAAGCAGAGUGCCCAUGCGCACCUGCUGGCGCUGCACGACGUCUACUUCACCGCCGAGGGCCCGCACCCAGGCGUGUGGAUCGUGCAGGAGCUCAUGGCCAUGUCGCUCGCCGACGUGAUCGCGCUGCGCGCGCAGCGCGUCGAGCCGAGCGAGCCCAUGAUGAGCCGCAUCGUGCUCGAUGUCGUCGAGGCACUCGAGUUCCUGCACGGCCGCAACGUGCUGCACCGCGACGUACGCUCCGACAACAUCCUCUUCGACCACGACGGCCACGCCAAGCUGGCCGACUUUACGCAUGCUGCUCAGCUGGCGCCGCGUCCGCGCGAGGGCAGCCGCCGCACCAGCGUCGUGGGCACGGCGUACUGGAUGGCGCCAGAGGUGGUCAAGGCCAGGCCGUACGAUGCGCGCGUCGACGUGUGGUCGCUCGGCGUGGUCAUCUACGAGAUGGUCGAGGGCGACCCGCCGCGCGUCGACUUUCCGGCCCUGCGCGCCAUCACGCUCACGGCCAAGCUCGGCCUGCCGCCGCUGUCGCAGCCAGACCGCUCGUCGCCAGCGCUGCGCCAGUUCCUGGCGUGGUGCACGGAGAUGGAUCCCGAGUCGCGCCCCACGGCCGACAUGCUGACCUCGAGCGACUUCCUCUCGCAGCCAUGCGCACGCAGCGACGUAGUACGUCUGCUCGCCGACGCACGGCAAGCGGAGGCUACGGCUGCCGCGGACGAUGCUCACGGCGCGGAGGAAGACGAAGCGCUGGAGCGCGUCGAGGACACCGGCGACGCCGAGCACCGCGGCACGCGCGACUCGUGGACGAGCCAGAGUACGGUGCAGGGCUGAGUCCCUGUCGCACCGUUACCGAGACGGGACGUAGAGUCAUUUGCUUCUGCUGUACCUCUUGCAACACAUCUGCCCUGCAACCCUCU